UAAUCUGGCUAGAGCCUGAGGUGAAAUUUUUGAAUCUGAAUUUAUAUUUAUAAAUUUAUAACCCUACUCCAUGAGAAGGUUGGCCGGUGGAGCCUGGAUUGAGCUCAACCGAAGCCGCGCACCCUAGGAAAUGGGAUACCUGGCUUGCGUACCACGGUCGCCUUUGUCGCGGAUCCUUAAACCCAGCCAAGGGCUAAAGAGAGGUUUAAGGAGAGCAAGAGAGGGGAUCCCUUCAAUGGCGAGAGUAUGGGGAGGGUUGUGAUCGCUCCUCGGCUGUUCCUCCUCCCGUCCAUGUUCUUCCGAAGGGUCUUCACCUCCCUUUCUAGGUCCCAGUUCCCUACUCCUCUCCGGAGCUCGAUUUCAGUCGCCAUUCCCAGGUUCUCCGGUCGGAAUCGUUCGGAAAUCCAAAGAAAGCGCUUCGGAUCCCGUCUCAUGGCUUCCGCCGCCAGAACCGGAGACGGCAGGCGGUCCCCUUUCGUUCCCUUGCCCUCUUCGGACGCAGAUAAGGCUGAAUUGUACAAGGGCCUUGAAGCAGCAUUAGGUUCAUCUUUCAGUUCAGAGCCUUUGUCACCACCUUCUAAUCCCCUAAUAAUUGUCAUCAGUGGACCAAGUGGUGUUGGCAAGGAUGCAGUUAUCAAGAGGCUGCUAGAAGUUCGGCAACAAAUUCACUUUGUUGUCACAGCCACCAGUCGAGCAAAACGACCAGGUGAAGUUGAUGGGAAGGACUACUAUUUUGUUACAAAAGAGGAAUUUCUUUCAAUGGUUGAAAGGAACGAGCUUUUAGAAUAUGCCCUUGUAUAUGGAGAUUACAAGGGGAUACCAAAACAGCAGAUCCGUGACUACAUGGCCAAGGGUUAUGACAUUGUCUUGAGAGUGGAUAUACAAGGUGCAGCUACCCUGAAGUCCAUGCUUGGUGAUUCUGCAGUGUUCAUUUUUCUGGUUGCAGAGAGUGAAGCAGCACUGGUAAAGCGGCUUAUCGACCGGAGGACAGAAACAGCUGAAAUGCUUCUUGUAAGGGUUGCCACAGCUCGAGAAGAGGUGAAACACCUGAAAAAAUUUGAUUAUGUAGUUGUGAAUGCUGAGGGGAAGCUGGAUGGUGCAGCGAAGCUUGUAGAGUCCAUCAUUGAUGCUGAGAAGGCUAGAGUCCGGCAGCGCAAUGUGCAGAUUUAGUUAAACAGGUCACUCAACGCUACUUUGCUUUCUCGGAAGGACCUUAUUUUCUGUGAUUCUUUUUAGUGCGAGAUUGCCGCAUGAGAAAUGUCUGUUUGCAAGGAAAAUUUUUAGUGAGAGCUGUUAGUGGCUUUGACAAUGGUUGAAACUGAAAGGCAUUUGGAGGCAUAUACUUAAUGACAGGAAAUGUCUUUUUCUGUAUUAGCUUAUCCCUAAGUGGGCAUUUUUCCAUGUAAAUUAUGAAUUCAUAAACCCAUAAUCACCAUCAGAAUAUCGAUAUCUUUACUGUAACGGUAAUUAGAUUCAAAAUAUUAGCAAA